UUCAGGGAUAUCAUGUCCAUUUACAAGGAACCGCCCCCGGGAAUGUUUGUUGUGCCUGAUCCCCACGACAUGACCAAGAUUCAUGCAUUGAUCACAGGCCCAUUUGACACGCCUUAUGAAGGGGGUUUCUUCUUGUUCCUGUUUCGCUGUCCUCCAGAUUAUCCCAUCCACCCACCAAGGGUCAAACUGAUGACAACGGGAAAUAACACAGUGAGGUUUAACCCCAACUUCUACCGCAAUGGGAAAGUCUGCCUGAGUAUUCUGGGCACUUGGACCGGGCCUGCCUGGAGCCCAGCACAGAGUAUCUCAUCGGUCCUCAUCUCCAUCCAGUCUCUGAUGACUGAGAACCCCUAUCACAAUGAACCCGGCUUUGAGCAGGAGAGGCACCCUGGGGACAGCAAGAACUAUAACGAGUGCAUUCGGCAUGAGACCAUCCGCGUAGCAGUGUGCGACAUGCUGGAGGGAAAGUGUCCCUGUCCCGAGCCGUUACGGACUGUAAUGGAGAAAUCCUUCAUGGAGUACUACGACUUCUACGAAGGGGUGUGUAAAGAGAGACUUUAUCUCCAAGGACAGACAAUGCAGGAUCCUUUUGGAGAAAAACGAGGCCACUUUGACUAUCAGUCCCUAUUAGUGCGUUUGCAAGUAAUUCGGCAGAAGGUGCAAGAGAAAAACCAGCAGGAGAAUACAGAAAUAGACUCUGAGAGCAGCUCCUCCGAGACAGAGACAGACACUCAAGGUUGCUCUAAAGCUUAGAGCUGCGUUACCAGUGGAGAGGCCAAGCCGUGGGGAUGUUCUGUCUUCACACUUUAGAGUAUCCCUGACAGACUCGACAACCAAACCAAUGCCAGAGCGAGGAAAACUGUGGGAUAUCUUCUGUCUCCUUUCACUGCUCUGGUGGAUAACGCUGAACGAGAAGACUUCAUGCUAGACAAAGCCAAGCUUGUGACAGGCUACUCUUAAAGGUACUUACUAUGCUAGGAAGCCGGAGCAUGUGGCAUCAGGUUAUUUCUAUUUUUUUUUUUUUGGAAAUACCUACACUGGUUGAAUUAUUUUUUUUUUUUUCUUCUCCAUUUGAUUAAAGAAUGAGAUCCAGACUGCGAA